CAGUCCCGGGCUGCGCGCUGCACCGGGAGGGCGCAGCGGGGCUGGCUCCCGGGCUCAUGGAGACCGUGCAGCGGAGGCAGAGGGGGAAGCCCCGCAGCUGAUGCCGCUGGAGGGAAGGGAUGAAAGAAUGAUGUGAUGGAGGUGAAUAUGGGCUGCUGGUCAGGCACAAGACCCCCAUUGUCUUGCCUCACCAUCCUGCUUGUCAAGCUUUUGGCCUGCGUUUGCCAGGGGCUUCAAGGGACAAUACCACUCGGCUUUCACUUUACGCAUUCCAUUUACAAUGCUACAGUGUACGAGAACUCUGCAGCCAGGACCUAUGUCAACAGUCCAAGUAGAAUGGGUAUUACAUUGGCAGAUCUUUCAUGGGAUAUCAAAUACAGGAUAGUGUCUGGCGAUGAUGAAGGCUUUUUCAAAGCAGAAGAAGUCAUAAUUGCUGACUUCUGCUUUCUCAGAAUAAGAACUAAAGGUGGGAAUUCUGCUAUAUUAAACAGAGAAAUCCAAGAUAACUAUUUAUUGAUAGUAAAAGGGUCUGUCAGAGGAGAGGACUUAGAAGCAUGGACAAAAGUGAAUAUCCAGGUUUUGGAUAUGAAUGAUCUAAGACCUUUGUUUUCACCAACCACUUACUCUGUGACGAUAGCAGAAAGCACUCCUUUAAGGACUAGUAUUGCACAGGUGACAGCAACAGAUGCAGAUAUUGGGUCCAAUGGCGAAUUCUAUUACUACUUCAAAAACAAAGUUGAUCUCUUUUCAGUUCACCCAACUAGCGGAGUUAUCUCUUUAAGUGGCCGGUUAAACUAUGAUGAGAAAAACAGAUAUGACCUUGAAGUUCUGGCUGUGGAUCGUGGGAUGAAACUUUAUGGAAACAAUGGAGUAAGCAGCACUGCCAAGCUUUAUGUUCAUAUUGAACGUAUAAACGAACAUGCCCCAACCAUAAGUGUGGUAACCCACAUACCCUUUCCAUUAGACAAGGAGCCUACGUAUGCUGUUAUUAACAUUGAUGACCUAGAUGAAGGAGCUAAUGGGGAGAUUGAAUCUGUUUCCAUCGUAGCUGGAGAUCCCUUAGAACAGUUCUUUCUGGCUAAGGAGGGAAAAUGGAUUAAUGAGUACAAAAUCAAAGAGAGAAAACCCAUUGACUGGGACAACUUCCCCUAUGGUUACAAUCUUACUCUCCAAGCAAAGGACAAAGGGUCUCCUCAGAAGUUUUCUGCAGUCAAACUGGUCCACAUCACUAGUCCCAAGAGAGAAAGUGUCCCAGUAAAGUUUGAAAAGGAAGUUUAUGAUGUGUCAAUCAGUGAAUUUUCCCCUCCUGGAGUAGUGGUAGUUAUAGUUAAGUUGGUGCCUGAACCACAGGGUGUGGAAUAUAUAAUAUCUCCUAAUCAGGAUGCUGAUUAUUUUAAGAUUAAUCCCAGGACAGGUCUUAUUAUCACCGCUCACCCUUUGAAAAUCAUUGAGAAGGAACUCUAUGAGUUAGAAGUAGUAAACAAAGGUGGUGAUUUAAAAGCACAAGUUAUUGUCAGGUUAGAAGAUGCCAAUGAUCACACUCCAGAGUUCACACAGCCUUCGUACAGCUCCUUUGUCAAUGAAAGUGUUCCUGUAGGAACCAAUGUUUUGUCAGUUUCAGCAUUUGACAAGGACAGGGGAGAAAAUGGAUAUAUAACAUACAGCAUUGCCAGUCUGAAUUCACUGCCCUUUUCUAUAAACCAAUUUACUGGUGUUAUUAGCACCUCUGAAGAACUGGAUUUUGAGUCUUCUCCAGAGAGCUACAGGUUCAUUGUCAGAGCCUCCGAUUGGGGUUCGCCAUACCGUCAUGAAAGUGAGGUUAAUGUCACUAUAUACAUAGGCAAUGUCAAUGAUAACAAGCCGUUGUUUGAGAAAGUGGCUUGUCAGGGAGUGAUUUCAUCUGACUUUCCCAUUGGUGGUCACAUCACUGCUGUAUCUGCAAUAGAUAUAGAUGAGCUAGAACUAGUGAAAUACAAAAUAAUCUCUGGAAAUGAUCUUGGGAUUUUUUAUUUAAAUCCUGACUCCGGUGUGCUGCAACUUAAAAAGUCCCUUGUUAAUUCUGGUAUAAAGAACAGCAAUUUCGGCCUUAAGAUCACAGCUACAGAUGGAGAGAAUUUUGCUGAUGCCAUGUUCAUUAACAUUUCAGUAGUACAUGGGAAAGUGUCUUCAAAGACCUUUAGUUGUAGAGAGACUAGAGUUGCUCAGAAGCUGGCAGAGAAAUUGCUCAAGAAGGCAAAAGCAAAUGUGAAGCUGAAUUUGGAAGAUGGCUUCCUUGAUUUUUAUUCGAUUAACAGACAAGCUCCACACUUUGAUAAAUCCUUUCCCUCUGAUGUAGCGGUUAGAGAGGACCUUCCAGUUGGUGCUAGCAUCCUGAAAAUAAAAGCCUAUGAUGCGGACUCUGGAUUCAAUGGGAAGGUUGUCUAUACAAUUUCUGAUGGUAAUACAGAUAGUUGCUUUAACAUUGACAUGGAAACAGGGCUUCUUAAAGUUCUUAUGCCCAUGGACCGAGAGAAAACAGAGCUGUAUCUCCUUAACAUUACAAUUUAUGAUUUAGGUAAUCCCCAGAAAUCUACAUGGAGACUAUUGACUGUAACUGUAGAGGAUGCAAAUGAUAACAGUCCUGUUUUUUUACAGGAUAGUUACUCAGUUAAUAUUUUAGAAAGCAUGAGUAUUGGUACAGAAAUGAUCCAAGUAGAAGCUAGAGAUAAAGACCUAGGAUCUAGCGGUGAAGUGACUUACUCAGUAUUGACAGACACACAGCAGUUUGCCAUCAAUAGUUCGACUGGAGUAGUUUAUGUGGCUGACCAACUAGACAGGGAAUCGAAAGCAAACUAUACACUAAAGAUAGAGGCCAGGGACAAAGCUGAGAUUGGCCAUCAGCAAUUUUCUGUUGUUCCUCUGAAGGUUUUUUUGGAUGAUGUGAAUGAUUGUUCUCCAGCUUUCAUUCCAUCUAGCUACAGUGUGAAGGUCCUUGAAGAUCUGCCAGUUGGCACUGUAAUAGCUUGGCUAGAAACUCAUGACCCAGAUCUUGGUUUGGGAGGUCAAGUGCGUUACUCUUUGGUGAACGAUUACAAUGGACGAUUUGAAAUAGACAAAGCUAGCGGCACUAUCCGCUUGAACAAAGAACUCGAUUACGAGAAACAGCAGUUCUAUAACUUGACUGUGCGUGCAAAAGACAAAGGACGUCCAGUUUCCCUCUCUUCCGUUUCUUUUGUAGAGGUUGAAGUGGUGGAUGUUAAUGAAAAUCUCUACACUCCUUAUUUCCCUGACUUUGCAGUCAUUGGAACUGUAAAGGAAAACUCCCGCACUGGAACAAGUGUAUUGCAAGUGACAGCUCGAGAUGAAGACUCUGGAAGGGAUGGGGAGAUCCAGUAUUCCAUCAGGGAUGGCAGUGGCCUUGGAAGAUUUAGCAUAGAUGAAGAAACUGGAGUUAUCUAUACUGCAGAUGUCCUUGACCGAGAGACAACCAAAUCCUAUUGGCUAACAGUGUAUGCUACUGAUCGUGGUGUCGUCCCACUUUAUGCUACCAUCGAGGUCUAUGUUGAAGUUGAAGAUGUGAAUGACAAUGCCCCUCUGACCUCUGAACCUAUUUAUUAUCCGGCUGUCAUGGAAAACUCCCCUAAGGAUGUAUCCGUCAUUCACAUCCAGGCCCAAGAUCCUGACUCCAGCAGCAGUGAAAAACUGACCUACAGGAUUACAAGUGGAAACCCUCAGAACUUCUUUGCUAUCAAUCCAAAAACAGGUCUGAUUACUACAACAUCAAGAAAAUUGGAUCGAGAGCAGCAGGCAGAGCAUUUUCUCGAGGUGACGGUCACAGAUGGAGGCAUCUCUCCCAAGCAAUCUACUGUUUGGGUGGUGGUUCAAGUUCUGGAUGAAAAUGAUAACAAGCCUCAGUUUCCAGAGAAAGUCUAUCAGAUCAAGUUGCCCGAGAGGGACCGCAAGAAAAGAGGGGAGCCAAUCUACAGAGCUUUUGCAUUUGACAAAGAUGAAGGACCGAAUGCAGAAAUUUCCUACAGCAUCGUGGAUGGAAAUGAUGAUGGGAAAUUUUUUAUUGACCCUAAAACCGGGAUGGUUUCUUCCAGAAAGCAAUUCACAGCAGGGAAUUAUGACAUCUUAACAAUAAAAGCAGUGGACAAUGGACGACCCCAGAAGUCUUCAACUGCGCGCCUCCAUAUUGAGUGGAUUAAGAAACCCAUACCCUCACCUGUAUCACUGACUUUCGAUGAGCCCUUCUACAACUUCACUGUCAUGGAAAGUGAUAGAGUGACAGAAAUUGUGGGCGUGGUCUCUGUGCAACCCGCUAACAUACCUUUGUGGUUUGAUGUAGUCGGAGGGAAUUUCGAUAGUUCUUUCGAUGCUGAGAAGGGCGUGGGCACUAUUGUCAUUGCAAAGCCCUUGGAUGCAGAGCAGAGGUCUAUAUAUAACAUGACUGUGGAGGUCACCGAUGGAACAAAUGUUGCAACCACUCAGGUUCUUAUCAAAGUAUUGGAUAACAACGAUAAUGGCCCGGAAUUCUCUCACCCAAGUUACGAUGUCACGAUUUCGGAGGACAUCCUCCCUGAUACUGAGAUACUGCAGGUCGAAGCUAUAGACAGAGACGAGAAACACAAGUUGAGCUACACUGUUCACAGCAGCAUUGACUCAGUCAGCAUGAGAAAAUUCAGAAUUGACCCCAGCACAGGGGUACUAUACACUGCCGAGAGAUUAGACCAUGAAGCUCAAGAUAAGCACAUCCUUAAUGUAAUGGUUCGAGAUCAGGAGUUUCCCUAUAGAAGAAACCUGGCCAGAGUCAUCAUAAAUGUGGAAGAUUCCAAUGAUCACAGUCCCUACUUCACCAGUCCUUUGUACGAAGCCUCGGUGUAUGAAUCAGCAGCUAUUGGAUCUGCUGUUUUGCAGGUCACUGCUUUGGAUAAAGACAAAGGAGAAAACGCAGAGCUUAUCUACACUAUAGAAGCAGGAAACACUGGGAACACAUUCAAGAUCGAACCAGUUUUAGGCAUCAUCACAGUAUUGAAGGAACCGGACUUGACAACAAUGGGACAGUUUGUUUUGUCAGUCAAAGUAACUGAUCAAGGUUCACCACCACUGUCUGCAACGGCAAUUGUACGCAUUUCUGUGACCAUGUCAGAUAAUUCCCAUCCAAAGUUCACACACAAGGAAUACCAAGCAGAAGUUAAUGAAAAUGUUGAUAUUGGAACUUCAGUCAUUUUGAUCUCUGCAAUCAGUCAGUCUACAUUAGUUUAUGAGGUCAAGGAUGGGAAUGUGGAUGGAGCCUUUACUAUAAACCCAUAUUCUGGAGUCAUCACCAGUCAAAAGCCACUUGAUUAUGAACGCACUUCCUCUUACCAGCUCAUUGUUCAAGCAACUAACAUGGCAGGCAUGGCAUCAAAUGCCACUGUCAGCAUUCAGAUUGUUGAUGAAAAUGAUAACCUGCCAGUUUUUCUCCUCUCCCAAUACUCGGGCAGCAUAAGUGAAGCUGCUCCUGUAAACAGUAUAGUCCGGAGCGCAGCCAACAACCCACUGGUGAUACGAGCUACGGAUGCCGACAGUAAUCAGAAUGCUUUGCUGGUCUAUCAGAUUGUUGAAUCCACUGCUAAGAAGUACUUCACUGUAGAUUCCAGCACUGGCGCGAUCAGAACAAUUGCAAAUUUAGACCAUGAAACCAUAGCCCACUUCCAUUUCCACGUGCAUGUUAGAGAUAGCGGAAAUCCACAGCUCACAGCGGAGAGUCCAGUUGAAGUUACUAUUGAAGUAACUGACAUCAAUGACAAUCCUCCAGUCUUCAGUCAGGCUGUGUUUGAGACAGUCUUGCUUCUGCCCACUUACGUUGGUGUAGAGGUUCUUAAAGUCAAGGCCACAGACCCGGAUUCAGAAGUUCCACCUGAACUAACAUACAGUCUGAUUGAAGGCAAUGUGGACCAUUUUUUGAUUGAUUCAAGUACUGGGGUACUCACCAUAAAAAAUAAUACUCUUUCCAAAGAUCAUUAUAUGCUUAUAGUAAGAGUGUCUGAUGGGAAAUUUUACAGCACUGCUAUGGUGACCAUAAUGGUAAAAGAAGCCAUGGAUAGUGGGCUCCAUUUUACACAAAGUUUUUAUUCCACAUCUAUCUCGGAGAACAGCACUAAUAUCACAAAUGUAGCUGUGGUGAAUGCUGUUGGAAACCGUCUCAAUGAGCCCUUGAAGUAUGGUAUAUUAAACCCAGGCAACAAGUUCAUGAUCAAAUCCACCUCGGGAGUCAUUGAAACAACGGGCAUCCCCUUUGACAGAGAAAAACAAGAGCUGUAUGAGCUGGUCGUUGAAGCAAGUCGUGAACUAGAUCAUCUCCGUGUGGCCAGGGUGGUUGUCAGAGUUAACAUUGAGGACAUCAAUGACAAUGCUCCGGUGUUUGUAGGGCUGCCUUACUAUGCUGCUGUACAAGUUGAUGCUGAGCCCGGUACCCUAAUAUAUCGAGUGACAGCCAUUGAUAAAGAUAAGGGUGCAAAUGGUGAAGUCUCCUAUCUGUUGAAAGAAGACUAUGGGCAUUUUGAAAUUGACAGACAAACUGGUAGUGUCACUUUAAGAGAAGCCUUCAACUCUGACUUAUCUAAUAUAGAGUAUUUAGUUAUCAUCCUUGCAAAAGAUGGUGGUAAUCCUUCGUUGUCUGCUUCAGUAGAACUUCCUAUUACUAUAGUUAAUAAAGCAAUGCCUGUGUUUGACAAGCCCUUCUAUACAGCUUCUGUAAAUGAAGACAUAGAAAUGCACACCCCAAUUCUUAGCAUAAAUGCAACCAGCCCAGAGGGCCAGGGUAUCAUUUAUAUCAUUGUUGAUGGAGAUCCCUACAACCAGUUUAACAUUGACUUUGACACCGGCAUUCUGAGUGUCAUCAGCCCAUUGGACUAUGAAGUAAAUUCUGUUUUUAAGCUGACAGUACGAGCCAGUGAUGCCCUCACUGGUGCUCGGGCUGAAGUCACUGUGGACUUAAUUAUUAAUGAUGUAAAUGAUAAUCCUCCAGUUUUUGAUCACUUGGCCUAUAAUGCCACCUUAUCCGAAGCAUCUUUGAUUGGGACUCCUGUGUUGCAGGUUGUUGCUACCGACGCAGACUCUGAAAAUAACAAAAUUAUACAGUAUCAGAUUGUCCAGGACUCCUUUAACAGCACUGAUUAUUUUCACAUCGAUAGCACAAGUGGCCUAAUCCUGACAGCCCGUAUGUUGGAUCAUGAACUAUUACAGCAGUGCAGCUUAAAAGUCAGAGCAGCUGAUAAUGGAUUCCCACCACUGAGCAGUGAAGUUCUUGUUAGUAUUUAUGUGACAGAUAUGAAUGACAACCCUCCAGUUUUUAACCAGUUAAUAUAUGAAUCUUACGUGAGUGAACUGGCCCCUAGGGGUCAUUUUGUGACUUGUGUCCAAGCUUCUGAUGCUGACAGCUCUGAUUUUGACAGACUGGAGUACAGUAUCUUGUCUGGAAAUGAUCGGACCAGCUUUAUAAUGGACAGCAAGAGUGGCAUUAUAACUCUGUCUAACCAUCGGAAACAGAGGAUGGAGCCAAUGUAUAGCUUAAAUGUCUCUGUCUCGGAUGGAUUGUUCACCAGCACAGCUCAGGUGCAUAUCCGGAUCCUGGGUGCUAACCUCUAUAGCCCCACGUUUUCACAGAGUAUUUAUGUGGCAGAGGUUAGAGAAAAUGCUGCCCCUGGAACUAAGGUAGUCCAUGUAAAAGCGACAGAUGGAGAUUCUGGUAUAUAUGGCCAAAUAAACUACUCCAUAAUAAAUGAUUUUGCCAAGGACCGAUUCUUAAUUGAUAACAAUGGACAGAUCCUAACAACUGAGAAAUUGGACCGAGAGAACCCUUUGGAAGGGGAUAUCAGUAUAUUUUUGAGGGCCCUGGAUGGAGGUGGGAGAAUGACUUUCUGCACCGUGAGAGUGAUCGUAGUGGAUGAGAAUGACAAUACUCCCCAGUUUAUGACAAUAGAAUACAGAGCAAGUGUCAAAGCAGAUGUUGGAAAAGGUCAUUUGGUCACCCAAGUGCAAGCAUUAGAUCCAGAUGAUGGAGCCAAUUCAAGAAUCACCUAUUCAUUGUAUAGUGAAGCCUCUGUUUCAGUGGCAGAUCUGCUUGAAAUUGAUCCUGACAAUGGAUGGAUGGUCACCAAAGGUAACUUUAACCAGCUGAAAAACACCGUUCUGUCAUUUUUCGUCAAAGCAGUUGAUGGUGGCAUUCCCAUGAAGCAUUCCCUUAUUCCUGUCUAUAUCCAUGUUUUACCUCCAGAAGCUGUUUUACCUUCCUUUUCCCAACCCCAAUAUUCUUUUACAAUACCAGAAGACACUGUCAUAGGAAGCACCCUUGACGUUUUGCAUGUUUUGCCAAGCCUGGGUGCUGUAUAUAGCACUGUUAAUGGUGAAUUAGCUGAAAACAACAAGGAAGGGAUUUUCAUCAUAGACCAAGACACUGGAAUCAUAAAGCUAGAUAAGAGACUUGACCAUGAGACAAAUCCUGCUUUUCACUUUAAAGUUGCAGCCACCAUACAGCUAGACAAAGUGGACAUUGUAUUAACUGUGGAUGUGGAGGUUAAAGUGUUGGAUGUAAAUGACAACAAGCCUGUGUUUGAAGCUGCCAACUAUGAAGCUGUAAUAAUGGAAGGGAUGCCAAUAGGGAUUAAUCUUAUCCAGGUUAAAGCAAUUGAUGCGGACUGGGGUGCAAAUGGGCAAGUCACAUAUACUCUUUCAGCGGAAUCGGAGCUGGACAAGAUCAUGGAAGCCUUCACAAUCGAUGGCAACAGUGGGUGGAUCAGCACAUUGAAGGACCUAGAUCAUGAAAAGAAUCCCACUUUUACUUUUGCAGUGGUAGCUUCAGAUCUGGGAGAAGCUUUUUCCCUCUCUUCCACUACCUUGGUCUCUGUCACUGUGACAGACAUAAACGACAAUGCACCAAUCUUUGAACACGAGGUGUACAGAGGAUCCGUAAAAGAGAGUGACCCUCCAGGUGAAGUUGUGGCGGUUCUCAGCACAUGGGACGAAGACACGUCUGAAGUCAACCGGCAGGUUAGCUACCAUAUCACAGGAGGUAAUCCCAAAGGAAAGUUCGCCUUGGGACUGGUUCAGAAUGAAUGGAAGGUUUACGUGAAGAGACCACUAGAUCGGGAAGAACAAGACAUUUAUUUUCUGAACAUCACUGCUACCGAUGGCCUCUUUGUAACACAAGCUGCUGUGGAAGUGACGGUCACUGAUGUUAAUGAUAAUAGUCCUGUCUGUGAUCAGUUUGCAUAUGCAGCAUUAUUUCCUGAAGACAUUCCAUCAAACAAAGUCAUCCUUAAGAUCAGUGCCAAGGAUGCAGACAUUGGAUCCAAUGGUGAAAUUCGCUAUUCGCUGUUUGGACCUGGGAACAAUAAAUUUUUUUUAGAUCCAGAAAGCGGUGAGUUGAAAACCUUGGCCCUUUUAGACAGAGAGAAAAUCCCUGUGUACAACUUGAUUGCCAGGGCAACAGAUGGCGGUGGCAGGUUCUGCCAGUCAGAAAUCCACCUUUUCCUGGAAGACGUUAAUGAUAAUCCACCAAUGUUUUCUACUGAUCAUUACACCGCAUGUGUCUAUGAGAAUACAGCCACUAAAGCUUUGUUAACAAGAGUCCAGGCCACGGAUCCUGAUGUAGGUGUGAACAGAAAAGUGGUCUAUUCCCUAGCAGACUCCGCAGAUGGUUACUUCUCUGUGGAUAGGUCAUCAGGAAUCAUUAUUUUGGAGCAUCCUCUUGAUAGAGAGCUGCAGCCUUCCUAUAACAUCAGUGUAAAAGCAUCAGACCAGAGCAUUGUGUUGUCCCUGUCUUCAUUUGCCACAGUUACCAUUACAGUGCUGGAUAUUAAUGACAACCCUCCUGUAUUUGAGAGACGAGACUACCUUGUUACAGUGCCUGAAGAUACCUCACCUGGCACCAAAGUACUGGCUGUUUUCGCAACAAGCAAAGACAUUGGUACCAAUGCAGAGAUUACCUACCUCAUCAGGUCUGGAAAUGAGAAAGGGAAAUUCAGGAUCAACUCAAAGACGGGAUCCAUUUCUGUAAUUGAAGCUCUGAACUAUGAAAUGUGUAAGGAUUUUUACCUAAGAGUGGAAGCAAAAGAUGGAGGUACGCCCGCCCUAAGUGCUGUUACUACAGUGAACAUAAAUGUAACGGAUGUUAAUGACAAUGCACCAAAAUUUAAUCAAGAGGCCUACAAUGCGGUCAUCAGUGAGGAUGCUUCGGUUGGUGAUUCCGUGAUUAUGUUGAUAGCAGAAGACCAGGAUAGUCCUACCAAUGGCCAGAUUCAUUUUUCCAUAGUGAAUGGUGAUCGGGACAAUGAAUUUUCAGUUGAUCCUGUUUUGGGACUUAUAAAGGUUAAAAAGAGAUUGGACAGAGAAAGGGUGUCUGGAUAUUCACUAGUUAUUCAGGCAAGAGACAGCGGCAUCCCUCCUUUGUCAUCAUCUGUAACGGUCAACAUAGACAUUUCUGAUGUGAACGAUAAUAGCCCUGUAUUUACACCAGCCAACUAUACAGCUGUAAUUCAAGAGAAUAAACCCGUGGGCACAAGCAUUUUGCAGCUGGUAGUGACAGACAACGAUUCUUUUCACAAUGGCCCCCCAUUUACCUUCACCAUUCUGACUGGCAAUGAAGAGGAGGAAUUUAUGUUGGACCCACAUGGAGUUUUGAGAUCUGCAGUUAUCUUCAAGCACAUGGUAACAACUGAAUACAUGCUCUGUGUGCAGGCUAAAGAUUCUGGGAAGCCUCAACAGGUGUCCCACACUUACAUUCAAGUGCGAGUUAUUGAAGAAAGCAUUCACAAACCAACAGCCAUUCCACUGGAGAUUUUUAUAGUCACCAUGGAAGAUGACUUUCCAGGGGGUGUCAUUGGAAAGAUUCAUGCCACAGAUCAAGAUGUGUAUGAUGUUCUCACUUAUACCCUGAAGUCAGAGCAGAAAAGUCUGUUCAAGGUUAACAGCCACGAUGGCAAGAUCAUUGCCCUGGGAGGGCUAGAUAAUGGCAAGUACACACUGAACGUGUCAGUCAGCGAUGGCCGGUUCCAAGUGCCCAUCGAUGUUGUCGUCCACGUGGAACAGCUGAUACAAGAAAUGCUGCAGAACACGGUCACCAUCCGAUUUGAGAACGUUUCCCCUGAAGAUUUUGUGGGGCUCCACAUGCAUGGGUUCAGGCGCACCUUGCGAAAUGCUGUGCUCUCACAGAAACAAGAUAGCCUGCACAUUAUCAGCAUUCAGCCUGUGGCAGGCACCAAUCAGCUUGACAUGCUGUUUGCAGUUCAGAUGCACACCAGUGGAUUCUAUAAGCCUGCUUAUUUGAUUCAGAAGCUUACCAAUGCAAGGAGACACUUAGAAAAUGUGAUUCGCAUCUCGGCUAUCUUGGAGAAGAAUUGUUCUGGACUGGAUUGUCAGGAGCAGCACUGUGAACAAAGCCUGUCUAUUGAUUCCCAUUCCCUGAUGACCUAUAGCACAGCGCGAAUUAGUUUUGUGUGUCCCCGUUUCUACAGAAAUGUACGCUGCACAUGUAAUGGAGGGCUGUGUCCUGGGUCCAGCGAUCCCUGUAUGGAGAAGCCGUGUCCAAGGGACAUGCAGUGUGUGGGGUACGAAGCUAGUCGAAGACCAUUCAUCUGCCAGUGCCCUCCAGGGAAGCUCGGAGAAUGUUCAGGGCACACUUCCCUUAGCUUUGCUGGGAAUAGUUACAUCAAAUACCGGGUUUCUGAAAAUAGCAAGAAAGAAGAAUUCAAGCUGGCUCUGCGUCUGCGAACCUUGCAAAGCAAUGGGAUUAUAAUGUACACCAGAGCAAAUCCCUGUAUAAUUCUGAAGAUCGUGGAUGGCAAAUUGUGGUUCCAGUUGGACUGUGGAAGUGGCCCAGGAAUCCUGGGAAUUUCUGGCAGGACUGUUAAUGAUGGGAACUGGCACUCAGUCUUCCUGGAGCUCAAUCGGAAUUUCACAAGCUUGUCACUUGAUGACAGUUAUGUGGAGCGGCGCAAAGCCCCCCUCUACUUCCAGACUCUGAGUACAGAUAGCUCGGUCUACUUUGGAGCCCUGGUGCAAGUGGAUAAUGUCCGGAGCCUGACUGACAAGAGGACAACCCAGGUCUUGAGUGGUUUUCAGGGCUGCCUGGAUUCUGUUAUCCUGAAUAACAAUGAACUGCCGCUCCAAAACAAGCGUAGCAGCUUUGCAGAAGUGGUUGGCCUGACUGAAUUAAAGCUUGGCUGCGUUCUGUACCCUGAUGCAUGUGAGAGGAAUCCUUGCCAGAACGGAGGGAGCUGUACUAGUUUGCCAUCUGGUGGUUAUCAGUGUAGUUGCCUCUCUCAAUUCACAGGAAGAAAUUGUGAAUCGGAGAUCACAGUGUGCUUUCCAAAUCCAUGUCGGAAUGGAGGGUCGUGUGACCCGAUAGGCAAUGCCUUCAUCUGCAAUUGCAAAAAUGGACUGACAGGAGUAACGUGCGAAGAUGAUGUCAACGAAUGUGAAAGAGAGGAAUGUGAAAAUGGCGGCUCCUGCAUCAACGUUUUUGGCUCGUUUCUAUGUAACUGCACUCCUGGAUAUGUGGGGCAGUAUUGUGGCCUCAGGCCUGUGGUGGUCCCCAACAUACAAGCCGGACAUUCCUACGUCGGCAAAGAAGAGCUAAUAGGAAUAGCAGUCGUCCUUUUUGUAAUCUUUGUGUUGAUCAUCCUGUUUAUAGUUUUCCGCAAGAAAGUGUUCAGGAAAAAUUACUCACGCAACAAUAUCACCCUGGUCCAGGACCCGGCUACUGCUGCUCUGCUCAACAAGAGCAACGGGAUCCAGUUCAAGAACCUAAGGAACAGUGGGGACAGUCGCAAUAUCUACCAAGAGGUAGGGCCACCGCAAGUCCCUGUGAGGCCCAUGGCUUACACCCCUUGCUUCCAGAGUGACUCGCGGAACAAUUUAGACAAGAUAGUGGAUGGACUUGGAGUUGAGCAUCAGGAGAUGACGACGUUUCAUCCAGAGUCUCCUCGUAUACUAACAGCAAGGCGGGGUGUGGUGGUGUGCAGCGUGGCUCCCAACCUGCCGGCCGUGUCUCCCUGUCGAUCUGACUGUGACUCCAUCAGGAAGAGUACCUGGGACGGCGGUACUGAAAGGAAAAAAGCCCUGAGCUGUCCUAGGAAGACCCAGCUUUACAAUGGACCCAAAGGUCCAGAACGCAAGGAAUGUAAUGGACCUGGAUCUUCCAUAGUGACUGUCAUACAGCUUGUCAACAAUGUAGUUGACACUAUAGAAAAUGAAGUGUCUGUUAUGGAUCAAGGACAGAACUACAACAGAGCUUAUCAUUGGGACACCUCUGACUGGAUGCCAAGCGCUCGAUUGUCUGACAUUGAGGAAGUGCCCAAUUAUGAAACAGCAGAUGGAGGCUCGGUGCAUCAUGGAAGUAACAGGGAGCUGGAAACUGAUUACUACCUUGGUGGCUAUGACAUUGACAGCGACUAUCCUCCUCCUCACGAAGAGGAGUUUUUAAGUCAGGACCAGUUACCACCUCCGCUCCCAGAGGACUAUCCAGACCAAUAUGAAACCCUUCCGCCAUCCCAGCCAGUCUCUAUGGCUAGCACACUCAGCCCAGAUUGCAGACGGCGGCCACAGUUUCACCCUAGCCAAUACCUCCCUCCUCAUCAGCUCCCCAAUGAGAUGGACGCUGCUGGGUCUCAGACUGUGAAUGAAUUUAGUACUUUUGCUGUUGUCCCAGGCCAGAGCGUGGAAAACGUUAGUGCAGGUAAGAUGCCCUUAUCCUUACACAACUCUCUGGAUGCCUCCUCAUCUGACAUCUCAGCCAGCUGUGGCUUUGACGAUUCCGAAGUAGCCAUGAGUGACUUUGAAAGUGUGGAGGAACUCAUCCUAGAUAAUGUUCACAUUCCAUUUGUGGAGACCCAGCAUCAGACACAAGUGUAAAGGAGACUUUUUUUUUUGGUGGUCAUUUGGUCCAAUUAACAGUAUAAAUACUGAGAAGACAUUUUGGUAAAGAUAUAUUUAUGUAUAUUGGGCAAGGCAGAAAUCCAGUAUAACCUAUUAACUUGUUCAAAAAUGAUACUGUAUGUGCAGACACAAAGAGAUCAGUUAUGUUAAGCUGUAUGCCACAAAAUUGUUACAGACAAUCUGGAGAAUAUGUACCAUCUAUUUAUUACCAAGAGUACACUCACAGAGUUUCUGAGGGGGGAAACAAUUUCACCUUUUAAGUUCCCUUUCUUCACCUGCUAUUUAUUUGGUAUUGUAUUAUUAAAAGUGUUACAAUCUCUCCGUGCAGUAUUAACAAACGGGAGGAUGAUUCCAAGAGGCACUGUUGCAUGAAAUUUUAGGUCAGCUAAAGAGUGAAAGAAUUUGAUCAUAUGUAAAACAAUUCCAUUGGUUUUAUUAAAAAAGCAUUUAAAAGACAACUUAUCGACAUGGAUAUCUGUCCAUAAAUAAUUAUUUCUUUAUAGUUUUGUUUAUAUAUCACAUCAAAUCCUAGCUUGUGUGUAUAGAGUAAGACAGAUAUAUGCAUUAUAUAUUAUACACCAAACUAGACUAGGUUGGUUGCCAUUAUUCAAACUUACUUUCAGAUGUUUGUGUGUACAUUGAAUUAUGAGACUUUCCAAAUAUUGUGACAUUUAACCCUUGCGAGUUUGACUCACUAAUGGCCAAAUUCUGCCCUUAGAUACACGCGUGUAACUCCCAGUGACUUGUGUACAGAAUGUGACCACGUAUCUGAGAACAGAACUGAACCUGAACUACAUUUUGCUGCUUUUAUUUUGGGCUUCCUUGCAGCUUUUUAACAGCAGUCAUAGUGCUGUCAUAGUCCAGUUAAAUUAGUUUUAAUUAAUUUGCAUACACAUUCUACUAUAAUCUUAAAUUGCUAGGUCAACUACAGUUGAAAAAUGUCCUGCCCUCGAGUGUGUGGAACAGAUCCUCAGCUGGUGUAGU